AUGAAAAGGCUGCAGCUCCUUCGAUGGAGCAGUUCGGUCCUUUCACCACGGGCACGAACCAACGGCCGCUUGCACCAGCGUCUAUGUGCUAGUUUACGGUAUCAAUCGACAUCUUCGCCUGUUCUUCAAGGCGAAGAACACCAGCUGAUUGAAGAGCAACCUUUGCAUUCAACAAUUCCUCCCUCCAACUCACGACAGUCGAGAUACCUCCUCCCUUCUCCCCCAGUUGAAGCCGCACGCGAGUCCGCAAAACUUGCCGCGCUCCAUGCACGACUUUACCUCCCCUCUCGAUUACCCCUCGAAACACUAGCACGCGCGCUGGUGGACACUUCAGCGGAUCCGAAUCCAGAUUUCAACAAUGAAUCGUUGGCUACGUUGGGCCAUGACCUUCUGACGAACUACACCUCCGAACACCUCAUAUGCACAUACCCCCGACUUCCUCUGACUGUAAUCUUUGCGGCCAUGUAUGCGUAUGUCGGACCGAAAACGCUUUCGGCAAUGGCUAGGGAAUGGGGUGUCGAGAUGACUGUCGCCCCUGGAGGAGAGGUUGACCCCGGCCUUUUGCAGUUCAAGAGGGUCUCUCCCGGCACGGAUCUUAAUUCAGAACCAGUAACAGGUACAGCAAGACCCAACGAACAUCGGAAGUCAUGGAGGAAGUCGAUCACGUCCAGAGUUGUCUACGAUAACGAAUUCGGUGAUCCGGUGAAGGAAGUCGCCGACUCAGCGGUCCAGACUGUCGCAGAAUCCAACAACGCUCAAGGCGUCACGGCCGAACAAGCCAGUGCUACUUUCGUGCGCGCCGUCAUGGGCGCCAUCUAUCUGCAUGCUGGCCGCCCUGCUGCCAAGCGUUUCUUUGAGCAGCAUAUCCUGUCACGACACCUCAACAUCUCUGAGUUGUUCAAUUUCUCCCAACCGGCUCGUGACCUCACCCGGCUGUGUGCGCGAGAGAACUUUGAACGCCCUGUCGCCAAGAUCAUCAGUGAAACUGGUCGUAAGAGCAGACACCCUGUCUUUGUUGUCGGUAUCUACUCUGGUCAGGAUAAGUUGGGCGAAGGCGCUGGCGCCAGUCUGAUGGAGGCCCGAUCGAGGGCUGCUGUGGCCGCCCUCAAGGGCUGGUAUUUGUACAGCCCGCUGAACGUUCGUGUGCCCAGCUCGAUGGAAGAAGAGGGCGCUGCGCCCUGGAAGCCUGUUUAUGUCGACUUGGGCGAGGUGAUUGUGUAA